GUACAAGCAGAAUCAGAACAAUACUUAAGACUGUAACCAUCCCGUAAUAUACACGUAAUUAAAUGGUAACAUCCCUCAGUUCCAGACACUGCCCGGACUCAUCCCGACUCAUCUAGGCCUUCCACCCUCAGCCUGUUGUGUGUCCCACACUCCCACUGCCUUCCCAUAGUGGCUGAUCGGAGCUAAGAUGGGCAAAGCCGGGCGAUACCUUACCGUAACCAGCAUUACACGGGCCUUGAGGCUAUCCUUUUCCUUCCGUUGUGGCCACUUUUCUUCCUCCCCGUCCUUGGUUUUUGUUUUUAUUGUAUUUUUUUUUGAUUUAAUUCGAACUCUUUUCAGCUUUUUUUUUUGCCCCCCCCCAUCCCCUCCUCCUCUUUCCAUUACUCAAGACCCACUGCCUAGAACUGGCCUCACUGGGUUCACCUCCAGUCAUGACUCCACGGACCGUCGCCUUUACCCGGCUUUACGACUGCCCAUGCCCAUUCUUGCGUCGUCUCAACUUCUUUCUCAUUAUCUGUUGUCGGUGAGGGUGUACUUAUUGUAUGGGUGGUAUACCACUUAUCGGGGAGGAGGACAAGACACACGACCUGCGGAUGACCUGGUCAGUAAUCCUAUUUCCACCCCACCAACCAGCCCUCUCCCAAACCAUCCCCCCCCCGAAGGCAACAACAGCUAUAGCUACUGCUUCUUAUGUCGAAUGCGGCAUUUUGAUAAAUACUCAUACCAUCCAGAUCCCCAGUCAAUCCUAGUCCAUGGCAUGGCAGGGCUGCCAGGCGCCCCGUCAAGCUGUCCGUGGUGGUCAGGGCAGUGACAGUUGAUGUGGUCUGGGCUCUCUUUGCCCUUUUC